AUGUUCAAAUACGUAAUUGUCAUCUUUGCCUCCAUCGCCUGUGCUGCUGCCAAACCUCACAUAUUAGCUGCCGGACCUUUGGCUGCUGCUCCGUUGGCAGUUUCCGCUCCAGUACCUUUCAUCACCGCCGCCAGUAGCCAAAUUGUGGCGCGCAAUCAUAAUGGCAUCGCAUUUGCUCCAGUUGUCGCACCAGCACCCAUUGCACCGGUGGCGCCACUCGCCAAGGUUGUGGCUCCAGUCGCUGCUGCGCCAAUCGUUGCUGCUCCAGCACCCUUGUUUCCCCGUUAUGCUGCCGCUCCUGCACCACUUGUGACCCGUUACGCAGCUGCCCCAUUCGCCUAUUCAGCUCCUUUGGCUGCCCCAGCUCCUUUCCCAUUUGCGCCCGCAUAUGCCCCAACUCUGCGUUAUGCUGCCGCCCCUGCCCCAGUAGUGUGGUAA